UUAUAUUUAUUUGCAUUAAGUUUAUUUUGUGUCUUUCCCCUUUUCUUUUCGUGGGUCUGACUACAACGGUAGAACUGAGCUGACUGUAUAAUGGGCAUGGAGGAGGAGAGAGAAAAAGCGGCAGCAGAAGAAGCAAUGAGAGAGAGAGGAUUGGGAGGAGACGGUCUAGUCUUUGCAGUGAAUGGGGAGAGGUUCGAGCUAUCCACCGUUGACCCUUCUACUACUUUGCUCCAAUUCUUGCGUUCCCAAACAAGGUUCAAGAGUGUCAAGCUCAGCUGCGGCGAAGGUGGAUGUGGUGCUUGUGUUGUUCUACUGUCGAAGUACGACCCCAUUAGUGAAGAACUUGAACAUUUUACUGUGAGUUCAUGUCUUACUCUUCUUUGCAGUGUAGAUAGGUGCUCAAUUACUACAAGUGAAGGCCUUGGAAAUAGUAGAGAUGGAUUUCACCCAAUUCACCAAAGGUUUUCUGGUUUCCAUGCAUCGCAAUGUGGCUUUUGUACGCCCGGGAUGUGCGUUUCUCUCUUCUCAGCUCUUAUCAAUGCGGAAAAAACACCACGGGUGGAGCCUCCUCCGGGAUUCUCCAAGCUCACAGUUUCAGAAGCUGAAAAGGCUAUUUCCGGGAAUCUCUGUCGAUGUACUGGGUAUCGACCCAUUGCUGAUGCCUGCAAAAGCUUUGCAGCUGAUGUUGACAUGGAAGAUUUAGGAAUCAAUUCUUUUUGGGAGAAAGGAGAUUGCAAGGAGGUGAAAGUAAGUAAAUUACCAUUUUAUAACCCAAGUGAUGGGAUCUGUACAUUUCCUGAGUUCUUGAAAAAUGAAAUCAGGUCUUCUGUGCUUUGUAAUUCUAAAAGAUAUUCUUGGUAUAAUCCUGUUAGUGUUAAGGAGCUUCAAAGCAUGUUGAUAUCCAAUUCAAAUGAAAACAAUACACGGGUGAAAUUAGUUGUUGGUAACACCGGGGCGGGUUAUUACAAGGAAAUAGAGCACUAUGACAAAUUCGUUAAUCUGAGGUACAUCCCUGAGCUCUCGGUGAUUAGAAGGGAUAAUCUGGGAAUCGAAAUUGGAGCAACUGUGACGAUCUCAAAAGCUAUCUUAGCUUUGAAGAAAGAAAAAGACUUUGAGUUUCAUCCACAUGCUGAGGCAGUGUUCCAAAGAAUCGCUGACCAUAUGGAGAAGAUUGCUUCAGGGUUUAUCCGAAACUCAGCCAGUGUGGGGGGAAAUUUGUUGAUGGCACAACGGAAUCAUUUUCCUUCAGAUAUCGCUACAAUACUUCUUGCUGCCGGUUCGUCAGUGAAUAUAAUGACAGAUCUGAUACAUGAAAAGCUAACAUUAGAGGAAUUCUUGGGAAGACCUCCUUUAGACUCCAGAAGCGUGCUUUUAAGUGUACACAUUCCAUGUUGGGAAACAGCUAGAAAUGGUUUUACCAAAACAGACGCCAAGUUGCUGUUUGAAACCUAUCGUGCUGCACCACGACCCUUGGGCAAUUCAUUGGCUUAUUUAAAUGCUGCGUUCUUGGCUAAAGUCACACCUUGUGAAACUUCAAGUGGAGUUAUUAUAGACAAUAUUCAGUUGGCUUUUGGUGCUUAUGGGAUAAAACAUGCAACAAGGGCAAGAAUGGUUGAGGAUUUCUUAGCUGGAAAACUAUUGAGUGUUAAUGUUCUUUUUGAAGCAAUUAAAUUGCUUGGAGCCACAAUUGUUCCGGAAGUUGGGACUACAAGAGCAGCUUACAGGUCAAGCUUGGCUGUUAGUUUUCUCUUUGAGUUUCUUCACUCCUUGUUGGAUGGAUGUAAUAGUCAUAAGCAGUUCAGUUGUAUUGAAAAUGCAGCAUUGUCACUGUCUGGAAAACAGGUGGUGGAAUCAAACCUGACAAAUUAUCCAGUAGGUGUGCCAAUUAUAAAAGCUGGUGCUGCCAUCCAAGCUUCUGGUGAAGCUGUCUAUGUGGAUGAUCUUCCUUCACCAACAAACUGCCUUUAUGGUGCAUUCAUUUAUAGCAAAAAGCCUUUGGCACGGGUAAAGAGUGUUGAAAUCAUAUCUAAGACACUACAAGGAGUAGCUGGAGUUAUUUCUUUCAGGGAUAUUCCAGAAGGCGGGGACAAUGUCGGAGCUAAGACUAUGUUUGGUCCUGAACCCCUAUUUGCUGACGAUCUUACCAGAUUUGCUGGCCAACCCAUCGCGUUUGUGGUUGCAGAUACGCAGAAGCUCGCUGAUAUGGCAGCAGAAAGUGCCUUCAUUGAUUAUGACACUGAAAACUUAGAACGCCCUAUUUUAACAGUUGAAGAGGCGGUUGAGAGAUCUAGCUUUUUUGAGGUCCCUCCUUUCCUAUAUCCUACACAAGUUGGUGACUUCUCAAAAGGAAUGGCUGAAGCCAAUCACAAGAUUCUCUCCGCCGAAAUCAAACUUGGCUCUCAAUACUAUUUCUAUAUGGAAACACAAACUGCCCUUGCCAUCCCAGAUGAAGACAACUGCAUGCUGGUUUACAGUUCGAUGCAGGCCCCUGAGUAUGCACACUCCACAAUUGCAAGAUGUCUUGGUGUUCCUGAGCAUAACAUCAGAGUGAUUACGAGAAGAGUUGGAGGAGGUUUUGGUGGCAAGGCCAUAAAAGCUAUGCCUGUUGCUACAGCAUGCGCACUUGCAGCGCAUAAAUUACGGUGCCCUGUCCGGACUUAUGUCAACCGCAAGACCGAUAUGGUAAUGGCAGGAGGAAGACACCCGAUGAAAAUAACAUACAGUGUUGGGUUCAAAUCCAAUGGGAAAAUCACAGCACUACACCUUGAUAUUUUAAUCAAUGGUGGAUUUUGGGCAGACAUAAGCCCAAUCAUGCCACGGAACAUGUCGGGUGCACUAAAAAAGUACAACUGGGGUGCUUUAUCUUUUGAUAUUAAGGUGUGCAAGACAAACCAUUCAAGUAAAUCAGCAAUGCGCGCCCCUGGUGAGGUUCAGGGAUCGUUUAUUGCUGAAGCCGUUAUAGAACAUGUAGCAUCGGUGCUUUCAAUGGAUGUGGAUUCUGUGAGAAACAAAAAUUUCCACACAUUCCACAGCCUUAAUUUGUUCUACAAAGGUAGUGCAGGUGAGUCUUUCGAGUAUACAUUGCCUUCUAUCUGGGAUAAAUUGGCAAUGUCUUCUUGUUUUGACCUUAGGAUCGAUAUGGUGCACGAGUUCAAUAGGUCAAAUAAAUGGAAGAAAAGGGGUAUUUCUCGAGUUCCAAUCGUGCAUGAAGUGACAGUGAGACCUACACCAGGGAGAGUAAGCAUUCUUAGGGAUGGGUCUGUUGUUGUAGAAGUAGGAGGGAUUGAGCUGGGCCAGGGGCUCUGGACCAAGGUCAAACAGAUGACUGCAUUUGCUCUCAGUUCAAUACAAUGUGAUGGAACAGAAGACCUCCUGGAGAAAGUAAGGGUUGUGCAAGCCGAUACCCUGAGCUUGGUACAAGGGGGUUUCACUGCUGGAAGUACUACAUCAGAAUCAAGCUGUGAAGCAGUUAGACUUUGCUGCAAUAUCUUGGUUGAAAGACUAACCCCCCUCAAGGAUAAGUUAAAGGAACAAAUGGGUUCUGUAAAAUGGGAGACUCUGAUUCUCCAGGCGAAUAUGGUAGCUGUUAAUUUGUCGGCAAGUACUUACUUUGUGCCUGACUCAACUUCAAUGCAAUACCUCAAUUACGGUGCUGCAGUGAGCGAGGUGGAGGUAAACCUCUUGACCGGGGAAACCAGAAUUUUGCAAGUAGAUAUUAUAUAUGACUGUGGACAGAGCAUGAACCCUGCUGUGGAUUUGGGACAGAUCGAAGGUGCAUUUGUACAAGGAGUUGGAUUUUUUAUGCUCGAAGAAUAUACUACGAAUCCAGAUGGAUUGGUUAUUGCGGAUGGCACAUGGACAUACAAGAUCCCGACUAUUGACACCAUUCCCCAAUCAUUCAAUGUUGAGCUACUAAACAGUGGACACCAUCAAAAGCGAGUUCUCUCUUCUAAAGCUUCUGGCGAGCCACCGUUACUCCUAGCGGUAUCAGUUCACUGUGCAACGAGAGCAGCCAUUAAAGAAGCCAGAAAACAGCUUAGUUGUUGGAGUGGGGUAGAUGGGUGUGAUUCAGCAUUUCAGUUGGAAGUCCCUGCUACCAUGCCUGUUGUCAAGGAACUCUGUGGACUAGACAACGUGGAAUGCUACUUAAAGAGCUUGCUAUCUACCUGACUAUGUCUUUGAUACCCGAAUAUUCAGUUAUCGUUUAACUGUAUCAAGAGCACGAAAAAUUGAGCGUUUUUUAUCACAACCUUUUGUCGUAGCAGAAGUAUUUACCGGUAAAUAUGUUGGUCUAGUAGACACAAUUAGAGGCUUUCAAUUGAUCCUUUCCGGAGAAUUAUAUGGAUUCAGUUUGAAAAGUUUACUUAUCCAGGAAUCUACGAACCCCUCGGGGAGUUUGGAGAAGAAAAAACUGGUUGAAUAAAGAGUAGAAUUAAUAUAGAUAGAUAUCAAACUAAAGAUAUUACGCAUGAUAGAUACAUGUCAUCCAUUUUGGUCUUUUCUAUGUCACUUAUUGUCUUUGCUUUUGUAAUAAAUAAAUAAGGGAUGUUGGGUCUUCGAAACAAUUGAACGAAACCUCUACCGGUAUAGUGCUUUAAUUCUUGUACUUUGAACUUUGUUGCAAUAAAGUUACUCAUAUUUACCAUAA